CCGAUCGCCCGGAAAUUGCACCAUCAAAGCCAUUCCUCCCAAUCUCAAUACCUCCCAUCAGUACUGCUAACUCUCAAGACCAGAAGUUCAUCCCAUCAUCAUCUACUCACUCCCUCCUUUGGUCCAUUCACCUUUCAUCAUCGCCAUAAUCGUCAUCACCGAAGGAAAAGGAAGCAAGUCGUAGCUACUGACUUGAUACCUUCCAUUCUCUCUGGACCAGUAGCUUCGGCGGCGAAAGAGCGGGGUGAUCAAUCGACGAUCCAAACAAGGAACUGAGGUCCUAAGGCUUCCUACCUAGGCCUAGACUCGUAUUGAAGGUAAGGAAGCUCAAUCCCUCUCGCUAAAGGCACCAUUUAUGCGAGUUAUGCGUCUUUGUAGAAAUCUGGGAAAUUAGCGACGGAAUUACAGGCUUUUAGCAACAAAACAGCCGCCGUGGCUAUAGUCUGGCCAACCAGUGUCA